AUGCGGACUGAGCCUAGUGUCUCACCACACCAGGGAAUGACCAAGCCGCUCCUCAACCUGACACCAGUUUUCAGCGUGAGGAGAAAGAACCAAGCGAUCCUAACAAGGACUCCACUGGGAUCGGAGAAACCUCAGAAAAGCCAGCCCCCAUACCACCAACCACCCAUGAUAAACUACAUCAUAUGGAAUGUUAGGGGUGGCAACAAUGCUGAGUUCAAGAGGCACUGCAUGGAUAUAGUUCAUCUCCAUAAGCCAGCCCUAAUGGUUCUGCUAGAGAUUAAGAUGGCUGACCAAAAAAAGCUGGCAGAAGAGCUGCAUUUCGAUAUGCUAAUCCAAUCUCCGGCUAUUGGCUUAUCUGGGAGGAUUAUGUUGAUGUGGAAAGAGGACAAUGUCACCGUGGAUGAGGUUUCCACCACCCCUCAAGGAAUCCAUGCCAUGGUUAAGGUACUUCCAGAUCACACCCCUUGGUUAUUUUCUGCUAUUUAUGCUAGUAACGUUUUAGCUAAUAGGAAGUUACUCUGGGAAAGCCUAGUUACUAUCUCCAAAAGCUACCCAAACAAUUGGUUUUUGGGUGGAGACUUCAAUGAAGUCCUAAAAGCUAGGGAUAAAUUUGGGGGCAACCCAAUUAACCCAAGCCGUAGUAACUUGUUCUGGGAUUGCCUUAAUGAAUGCAACUUAUUAGACUUAGGUUAUAAAGGAAAUAAAUUCACCUGGACUAACAAAAGAUAUAAGAAUAAGACUAGUCUGAUCCUUGAGAGGAUCGAUAGGUGUUUUGCCAAUGAGAGCUGGACUUUCCAGUACCUUGAGGCUACUGUGAUACACCUACCUAGGACCCACUCUGACCACUGCCCCAUUCAAGUUGUGCUAAAAGGGGACUCUCUUAAUUACUCCAACAGACCCUUUAGGUUUGAAUCCAUGUGGACUAGCCACCCAUCCUUUCCUAGUAUCAUCAAUGAGGCUUUCACCAUUAACUCCCACCUAAUCCAAUCUACUGAAACUUUCAAGAGCAUUGUGACUCAGUGGAAUAGGCACACUUUUGACAAUAUAUUCCAUAAAAAAAGAAGAAUGCUAGCCAGAAUUGCUGGAAUCCAAAAAUCUCCUAAUUACCAGUUCAGUAGUUACAUGUUAAACCUAGAAAGCAACCUGACCAGUGAGCUUGAUUCCAUCUUAAAAAACGAGGAAGAUUUCUGGAAACUCAAAUCUAGGAUUAACUGGCUAAAUGAAGGGGAUUCCAACACUAAAUUCUUCCACACGUCCACUCUCAACAAGAGAAGAAGAAAUAGGAUCCUCUUCCUCAAAGAAGAGAGUGGAAGCUGGCUCUAUGACCAAGGGGACAUUAAGGCAUCCAUUGUGUCCUUCUUCAAGAAUCUCUACACCUCCUCACACACACAAGCUCCCAUCUCCACUACCAACUAA